AAUCAGAAUUUUGGAAAAAAAAGAGUUGUUUCACUUGUUUCACGAAUUUCUGAAUUUGGACCAUCGUUGUAUAAAUGAGAAUAAUCGAGUGUAAUUUAUUUAAAUUACAGCAAGAACAAUCAGAAUCACGCGUUAGGAGUACAUCCAGCCAUCAGUGUCAUCGUAAUCGCCCUAAAAAUCCGGAAUCAUUGUAGAGGAACGGUUGGAAGACGACGUGCAAUUCGCAUGUACUGGCAGUAGUCGUCGUUCAAAGAGUAUUCUUUUCGGUACAGCAUUUAUUAUAAAAAUAAUAUGAGCUUAUCUAAAUUAUCCGACAAGAAAUUAAAGAGGCUUGAAAGUAGAAAGCGAAAACUUACAGCGUUAGCAAAUAUAGCUAAACUGAAUGAUCAAGAUAGGCAGAAUAAACCAAAUGCAGCGCCGAUAAUGGAGGCAGAGUCGGAGAAUUCGAGCAGUGAUUCGGAUGAUGAAUCUAAUACCAGAGAUGAUCAAGUCAAGAUCGAUGCGAAUGACAAACAGAAGGCCACCGAAGAACCUAUUUCGAAAAGACAUAAACCAGUGAACGAGACCCAAGAUCAAGAUGGCAAUGUUGAAGUAUCGAAUGCGUCCAGUAUACAAACCGUACCAGCUCGUUCGCUCGCAGAGAUGGAAUACGCAGCACUCAAAAGUGAUCUACGGCUGAGAAAGAUGUAUCUAACGAGAAUGCCUAGAAUCCGUGUUCGAGAUGACGGUAUGAAAGCUACUAUUGAUUUAGCAUCGGAGAAUAAAAUACCUUUGUUUAUGAAAGACGUCCAACAUAUGCUCGCUUAUUUUCUAUUUGGACCGUAUCUCAAGCCAUAUAAUUCGUCUCCGAGAUGGUGUCUUAUCGAGAAAUUCAACAAAAUCGAAAACGUCAACCUGAUCGUAGCCGAAGGACUCAGUAUAGAUGAUUAUUUAGAAAACGAGAGCUCGUUUAAAUUCCUCAAUAAACAUUUCUCUGUCAAAGUUGAAGUAAUUAGUUCGUAUACUUACGACGGUGACGUUAUCUCCGACCUAUCAGCGGUCUGUAUUUCCGAUAAUGAUCGAGCUAGUCUCCUUCACAAAUUCGGCACCGAAGAAGAAAUAUUAGCUAAAGAAGAGAACGUAUUCCGUUUAUUUAAACCAGCAUUUCCAGUAAAGAGUCCGCCUGUAGUUGGUAACGCUAGCGUACCGGAUAAGUUUCCUAGAACAUAUUUAUUACUUUCUCUAUGGCAAAUGGUCGUUGAAAGUUAUCCAGUGCCUAUCAAAGGAGAACUAAGUGAAAAGUAUGCCAGAUAUAAAUUAACUAAAGACGUCUACCAAGAGGUAUCGGAUACUUCGCCAUUGUUCGGUAUCGAUUGCGAGAUGUGUCAAACCACUGCCAAGGAAAACGAACUCGCCAGAGUAACCAUUGUUAAUGAGAAAUCUGAAGUCGUUUACGAAUCUCUAGUGAAACCUUAUAAUAAAAUCACCGAUCAUCUGACGAAAUUUUCCGGAAUUACCGAAGAAAUGCUGAGAAAUGUCGAUAAGAGGUUGGAAGAUGUCCAGAACGAUAUCAUCAACUUGUUACCAGCAGAUGCUAUUUUGGUCGGACAUUCCUUGAAUAUCGAUUUACACGCCUUGAAGAUUAUGCACCCUUAUGUGAUCGAUACCAGUGUAAUUUACAACAUAUCCGGAGAACGCUGGCGAAAACCGAAGCUGCAAACACUGGCCUGGGAAUUUCUCAAGUUGCAAAUUCAACGAGGCAACAAAGGUCACGAUUCGGCCGAAGAUAGUAUUUCGUCUUUGAAACUUGUUCAGUUAAAAUUAUCUCAAAAUGUAUGCUUCGGAGAUGCAGUUAUGGUCGGCAGGCAGCAUUUAACCGAUAAAGAUAUUAAUUCGAUUUCCAAAAAAGAAGAAGAGAAUACGUGUUCCUUAGCUACUAGUAUAUUCAAUAGUUUAUCGAAGGAGAACAAAAGAAGUAUUAUAAUAAGCACACCGUCGAACAUCGAACGAUACCGCAAAUACGUCACAUCGAACGACGAAAAUUGCCACCUACUGAACGUAGUCGACGGUAACCGAUGGAUCAUGCGUCAAGCGUACAAAUCGGUCGAAGAAUCCAAGCUCACCAUCGCCCACUUGACUUUCGACCACGAUAACAUCGGCCAAGAUUUACCUCGCUUAGACCGCUGGUGUAAAAAGUUAUGGCUCAAGUGUAAAGAUAACAGCGUCAGUAUUGUAUUAUUUACCGGAUCGCGAUCUAAUCCAUCAAACGCGGUGUGCUUCGUCGAAAUGAAAAAACCAUUUUUACAAGCUCGAAAACCAAAAUUAGAAAGUUAAGGUGGUCAUUUUUCCUCUCUCCUUUUGUAUUUUUUUCCCUCCUCUAUCCCCCCUCUUUUUUUCCUUUUGUUUUUCGUGUUGAAUAAAUUCGUUUUAUUACCUUUUUUCUCUACAUAUAAAUACAUAAACGAGUCUCUUAUUUAGUUGUGCUUCUCGCUUAGGAAUGUGGUGACCUUGAAGGUCGGGAUUUUGGGAUGAUUCGAGAUGUCAAAAGUAGUGGAAAGUUGAGGUUUCGAUGAUGAUGUUUAACAGUCGUCGUUGAAGUACGUAGAAGAAUCGGUAUAUGAAACGUUGCAUUUUGAUGUUGUUCAUUCGUAAGGAGUUCGAGUACGUGUCAUGAUAUGAGUUUAAGUUAAUGAAAGAGUAAAUUUGCUGCCAAAGUGGGUCCUUCUGCUGUAUUUAUGUCGUUUCGAGGUAGAAUGAAAGUGGUUUACGUCUCAAGAUUCGCAUACGUUUUCCAACUAAACAAAAAGUAUUAGUUAAAAAUGUUUUUUUUUUCGGUUUUCAGAUUAGAAAGGUGCGAAUUUGCUCAUUUUAAUGUCAAAAGGUACAUGAUGAGGUUGAGAGAAUUUAAGAAUUACUUUUUCAUAGUCGACUUUAAGGAUUAAAAAAAUAAUAAUUAGUCCGAUGAUUUUGGAAAAGAGUUUGGAAAAUUAGCUCGGCCUCGUCGCCUUUUUUUUAAUCAUCUUCGUUGAAUUGAAAGUGUUCUGUGUGCGGAUGUACUACCAUAUUUGUGUUUUUAUUUUUGUGAUUUUUGUUACUAUUUUGUAGAGCUUUUUAAGUUUGAACAAUAAAAAAUGUGAAAUACCGUUUUAAA